GCUAUUGAUGCCCUGCCCCUACUGCCCGUGAUGUGCUCUGCUGCGGAGAUUACCCUGCGGACUCGGCGCCGCCUUUUAAUAGCGAGCCUGUCCGCCGCGCUCCUACGGACUCUUACAUGCUCCAUUUCCCUUUCUGACCAUUUCUCUUCGUCCUUUGCCUUAGCUCGUUGCUCUACGGAUUGCCUGGUUUGCUCUCUAAAAGCUCAGCUCGUCCACCCUCCCUUUGAAACCCAUUUUCCGACCUUCAGCACGUUUCCCGUACUGGUACAUUCAUUCUUUCACACCCAGGGCUCCUUCGAUCCCGUUCAUUCAUUCACUCACACACCUUCUGUUUGACCUUUUCACCCACCACCCUUGACCUGUUACUUCUGCGAAGCUUCCCCUGCUUUCCUGUAAAUACACAUAACCACACACAACCAACCACCUCGUCGAUCAAAACUACACGCACAAAACCACCCACCAUGCGCUCCACACUUUACCUUUCCGCGAGCGCCUUCCUGGCUCUCGCCAGCGCUCAAACCUUCACUGCCUGCAACCCCAUGGAGAAGGACUGCCCCAACGACCCGGCCAUUGCCGCCACCUUCGAGACCAACUUCAAGGCCGGCAAGGACGCCGUCAAGGGCUGGAAGCAGACUGCUGGAGAGCUCAAGUACGGCCCCGAUGGUGCCGAGUUCACUCUUGCCAAGAAGGGCGAUGCCCCCACCAUCCAGUCUGAGGGCUACCUCCACUUCGGUUACGUCGAGGUCAAGAUGAAGGCCGCCGCUGGCGCCGGAAUCGUUUCCUCCAUUGUCCUUCAGUCUGAGGAUCUUGACGAGGUCGACUGGGAGUACAUUGGCUCCGUCCCCAGCAAGGUCCAGAUGAACUACUUCGGAAAGGGCAACACCACCACCUACGACCGCAUGAUCGAGGCUCCCAUCUCCAGCCACUUGGAGAUGCACACGUACGCCCUUAACUGGACCGCCGAGGCCAUCACCUGGAUCAUCGACGACAAGCCCGUCCGCACCCUGCAGUACGCCGAGGCCAACGGCGGAAAGAACUUCCCCCAGACCCCCUCCAACGUCCGCAUCGGAAUCUGGGCUGGUGGUGACUCUGACAGCCCCGGUACCGUUGAGUGGGCCGGCGGCAAGCCCGACUACUCCAAGGCUCCCUUCACCCAGACCGUUGAGAGCAUCAAGAUCAUCAACUACUCUCCCGGAAAGGAGUACGAGUGGACCGACAAGACCGGCUCCUACCAGAGCAUCAAGGUCAUCGAGCCCGGAAAGAAGGAGGGUGCUGAUGUCAACGACAAGGUCAUUGCCCCAGCCACUGGCAGCGACUCCUCCCCUCCUCUUGAGUCUUCCGUGAACAAGCCCUCCGGUGCCUCUGGCAGCGGUUCCUCCGGCAGCAAGCCCUCUGGCGCUCCCGCUGGAUCCUCCAACUCGACUGCUCCCAUCGACAAGCCCGGUGCUGGCGGUUCCAGCGGUUCUGGUGCUGGCGGUGACAAGUCCGACUGCGGUGGCUGCGAGGGAACCCUCACCAUCACCAUGACCGGCACUCCUCCUCCCUCUGCCCCUGCCACCUCUUCUGCCCCCGUCGCCACCUCAAGCACUCUCCCUCCUUACCCCAUCAUCAAGACCGAUAGCCGCACUCCUCCCAGCGUUGCUGCUCCUACUGCGCCCGCCUCCACCGGCAGUGUCGUUAAGCCCACUGGUGCGCCCGGAAACUCCUCAACCCCUGCUUUGAACGUCAACGGCGCUUCUGGCAACGCGGUUGCAUCAACCUUCAUGGCUCUCGUCGGCGCUGUUGCCAUGUUCGCUUUGUAAGCGUUCUAAUCGACAACGGAGUAGCAGAUGGACAUGACGGGAAGAUGACCAUGUUCAAUUUCAAUGGAUCUGACAUAUAUUAAGGGAUAUUCAUGGUUUCGAUGGUUUGAAUGUUUAAUCAUUUAUGGUAAAUGCGCGAAUGGGGCAUAGCGAUGGAGACAAACAAAGACUUAACUUCCCUUUCCUCUUUCGGGCCUGAAUGUGAAAUCGUGUCUCUAUGUGUAUAGAUUCUCUUUUCUCGUUCAUCCUCGCUCUUUUCGGGGGGUUCGUCUUUCCAUGUCCGGCUGCGUGGGUCGUGUUUCCCUCUUCUUUUUUUCUUUUUUUGUAGAUACUAUAUACCACAUUCUCGUUUCUUGCAUUUUCUGCGCGCUUUGCAUUCUGCAUCUUCUUUACGUUGUAUAGAUCGAUAUGUGGGAGGAGAUAGAUGAACGAAAUAAGAGUACAUGAUAACUUUCCAUUACUACUACAUGAUAUUUGAAUUCGGGACGUGUCUGC